GAUUUCGACAACACCAUUUAUUUUAUUAAGAACGAAAACUAAACAGAUUUCUAAUCCUUACGAUAGAAUCACAACCCACCCGCUAAGGAGCUUUUAAAAGCUCUACCUACGAAUUGUUGUUGAACAGAAAGAAACUCCACCUAUUUUAAGUAGAUUAAUUAAAUUAGUUGUUUAAGGAGAAUCCUAAAUACCAACAUUUAUAUACAAAUAUAAAUUGAAGCAGCUACUCCAAAAUGGGAGCCUUUUCCAGAAAGCCUAGAGUCAAUAAGACUCUGAUAUCACUGAAAGUGGUAGCAUUCUUUGUAUUGAGUGGUAUCUCCGCCCUCCAUAUACUCAACAACCGCAUGCCCUCUGUUUUGGGUUUAAAUUUCAAUGAAUAUCGCGAUAUUACCAUUAUUGCUUCAUUUGUAUCGAUAUUGGGUCCCCUAAUUGCCGGUCCUUUGGCAGAUCGUUUUGCUGCCAAAAAUCCUAAUAAUUUUGGCAAAACUUUGAGAAUACUAACAGCCAUAUUUCUACUAAUAACCGCCAUUAUAUAUGCCUGCCUAUUUGCUGUGCCCGAAGUGAAACGUGGUGAGGCACAUCAACCUCUAGUUAGUUUUGGUUGUGAUGCCAAUGGAGCCGUCAUAUUCCAACAACGUUGUUCGGAAGACAAUCAAUGUCAUCACUGGAAAUCAAAGGUGGGUAGUGUUAAUUUAACCAGAUGUACUUAUACCUGUCAAGAUCCCACACAAUAUGAGAAUAUGUAUACACCCUGGUUGGAAAGUAUACCUACGCCCUCACCCUCCACCGAACAUAGUUCUGAAUUUGAUUAUGAAGAUGAAUCGACAGCGGCGGUAACGGAAAGUUUAAGGCAACGUAGAAAUGCUCAACAGCAACAACAAGUUGAACAGUCUUCGGAAUUGGGUGCCGCCGAAGUAAUGAGUUCGGAAAUUCUCUCCCGUCAAAAGAGACAAUACAAAUCAUCUCCCAAUAAGGUAUAUGUAGAACCACCUCACUUGUGUAUGACGGAAAAGAAUGAAGAGGGAGAAAGUGUGGUUAAAAACUGUCAUGUUUAUACCGAUGAUACCACCAGCAUAUUGGUACACACUGUUAUGAAGGCCGCUACCAAUGUGGAGAAUGACACCCACUCUGCUGAAUGGUGUAAUUAUCCUUUGGAGGGUUUCCAAUGUCAAAUACCCUUGCAACAGGCCAACUAUAUGAUCCAAUUGAAGAACAACAGUGAUUGUAAGCCCAUGAUUGAAUGUCAAGUUAUCGAUCCUUAUGGCAGUAAAGGCAGUGUUUUGGCUGAUAGUGAAUGUGUUAAGAUUGAGGGUGAUUUGGACUCUACAUUGGGAGGUUAUACUGCCAUACGUAUAUUGGGUGAUAUCUUCGCUUUGGCUUGUUUGACUUUAUUAAAUACCGCCAUUGUGAUUGCUGUCCGUGAAACAUCCGAGGGUAGAGGAGAAGUUUGCCGUCAAUAUGCCUGGGGUGCUGUGGGUUAUGUGAUUUUAUUCUGUUCCUUGGAUUUGUUCUUCUUCAAAGAAGCCGAAGGCAUGACUGUGGCUUUAAUUUUGGUUAUUGUCUGUUUUGUAUUGGGUGCUUUAGUUCUGCUAUUCGCCAGCCAAAUGCCUUUGAGUCCUCCCGAAUGGUGGUGGCAUACCAAGACCGGCAUGUUGGUUUAUCCAAUGUCUGCUAUAAGAAAAUAUAGUCCAGAAAUUUUUGUUUUAACUUUGGUGGCCAUUUUGUUCGGCACCUUCUGGGGUAGUAUACACAGCUAUUUGUAUUGGAGCUAUUUGGGUGAAUAUGCUGCCUAUUUCUCUGGCUUGCUGUUGAUUUUGGUCUUAUUCUUUAAUGUGGACAAAUUCAUAGAAUAUUGUGGUCAUUCCAAUAUUUUCAUUGGUGGCUUUGCCAUGUUUAUUAUACGUUUUACCGCUUUGGCUAGCAAGGAUACCGAUUGGUUAACCAAUCUUAUGGAAAUAAUAGAACCCGUGAUUUUGGGUAUUGUUUGGAUUACCAUUAUUCUGUAUAUGCGUCAUGCCAUGCCACGUAAAUUCACCGCUACCGGUCAGGCUCUGGCCGUUAUUGCCUUCUUUGCUUUGGGCAAAGGUUUCGGUGCUUUGAUUGGUUUAGUUCACGAUGAUAAGAAGGGCAUACACAACGAUGACGAUUUGAUUAAAUUUGAAUGGUUAUCUGUUACCGCCUGCAUUAUUGCCCUUAUUUAUUUUGUUAUCUAUAAUUUAAUAUUGGCUCCACGUUGUGCUGCCAAACCUGUGCAUUUGGAUGAUCUUAUGUCCGGCUCUGCUUCACAAACAUUUGCCAAUGGUGCUGGCGGCGCUGGUGGCAAUGGCAGUGCUGGCGGUGCUGUUAAUGGUAAUGGUACUGGUGCCGGCAAUGGCAACAGUUAUUCACCCUUAAGAGUGUAUCACAACGAAAGAGGAAAGAAGGGUCAAUUUAGGUAUUAAAUGUUUACUUUUUUUAACAAAUUUUGUUUUUAGUUAUACUUUAAAAAAUUUUUUUCUACUCUAACUAAAAAAGAUGAUUGAUUACUCUUUAACUAUUAUUUUGUUUAAUUUAAUAAGAAAUUAAGAAGAUUAUAUUAAGCUUAAUAAAAUGACAAAAAUUAAAUAAAACAAGUGAACGAACAAAUUUCUCCUUUAUGUAAGAUAUGUAAAGCUUAAAAUUUAUUUAUAUUAAUUACAAACUAAUGAUUUGAUAUAAUCGGUAUGAAAAAUUUCUAUAUAAAAUGAGAAUCGGUUUAUUACUUAUUCUUUUCUAUUAAAAAUGCUGGCAAAUUUUAUUGCAAUUUCCAAGUUAUUUGUCCUUUUGAAAUUCAUGUACUAGACUCUAUAGAAAUUUCAUUUUCAAGAUCAUUUACAAGAUCGCUUAUGAAGAUCUAUUGAAGCUAAUUAAGAUCAUGAAGUUAUAACUUCUGAAAUGGUCCUCGACAGAGAAACACUUUAAAUGCUGUUCAUACAAAAGAAAAAUUAAAAUGUUCAAUACAUAAUAGCAUAUCUGAUUAUGAGGAUAAAUCUGUGGCGACUUAACGAGAAUCUUUAGAUCUGGCUAAGUUAGUUAGUUUGAAGAAAUACACCUGUCUUAACAAGAGCCUUAGGUGGGAAUCGUACACAACAUCUCCGCUCUAAUAGACUAUGUUUGAUUAUGGGAUCUCAAUUUGUUUGAAGAUCAGUAAGUCAACUGUAUAGAGAUAAUUAAGAUCAUAAAGUUAUAACCAAUAAGUCAGUGAGGCUUUACAUUUGUAUAAUUCUCUUCCUUUCGAAAGUUUAAAAAGCAAUUUUCAAUACAUAUUAGCAUAUCUGAUUAUGAGGAUCAAUAUAUACCGACUUGACAGGGAUCUUUAAAUUUGACUAAGUUAGUUUCAAAGGAGGAGUAACAUAAUCCGAAGAAAUAUAACUCUCCAAAUAAGAGCCUCAGCUUUGCUCUGCCAGACUAUGUUUGAUUUUGAGAUCUUAAUAUGAUUAUGAAGAUGAAUUGAAGUCAACUGUUAAGAUGUUAUUAAGAUCAAGGAGUUUCAAAUAUAAUAUCAGGAAGACUUUAUACAAGUUCUGACUUGUGAAAUGGUCUUUCGACAGAGAAACACUUCUAAUUCUGUUCCCACAAAAGUGUUUAAAUAAAAUUUCCAAUAAAGAAAAACUUGAGUUAAAGACAAGCUUUAAGAUCCGUCUACUUAACUAAAAAUGAUUCAAGUUCCUUAAUUCAAAUCUUCUCUCAUGAAAGUUUGUGAGAAAACCUAAGCUGUGGGCAAAAUUUGGAAUCGAUCAAACGAUUUCAUUUAGGUCACAUAGAUCCUUACAUAUAGAGAAGACAUAUUCAUUCAAGCUGUAGCUUAGGUCUGAAAAGCUUUAAUGUGCGAAGGAACUUUUUAAUUCCGUAACUAUGUUCAAUAAAGUUUUCAAAAGAUUAAAAUGGAGUCCAUGAAAGUAUAUACAUAGAAAAACUUAUGUUAAAUUUAAUUAAGAAUAUCCAUCAGAAGUAAAUACUACGGCUAAAGCUUCUAGAUAAGUUAAAUUAAAGCUUACAGGAGUGAUCUAGAGGUGAUCUUGAAGUAAUGAAUUAUACAAAGCAAAUCAAGCCAUUUAGUGCUGCCUUCAAGUGUUUUCUAUACACUUAUAAAAAUUACACAAUUUGACAUUGAACAUAGUGACGCAUUUAACCUGUAAAGAUCGCGCGUGAAAAUGUGCUAGAAAGACUCCAAGAUCGUUACGUCAUGAAUUAUAAAGAACAAAAAUCAAUUUUCAAAAUUCUACGAAGUUUUGAAGAAGUGAGCUUAAGUAUUUUUCGUUUUUUGUGAGAAACUAUUUAGGAGAGAAGAUCAUAGGAAAGAUUAGGGAAUAGAAGUACUAAUAUGUAUCAAAUCAGCAGCAAUUUUGAGCAAAAUUUUAUAAAAACUAAUAGUUUUUCGUAGAAUGUUUAUAAAUUUUAUUUUUAUAAAAAAAUAUAUAGAAAAUAGAGAUAAAAAGAUAAAAAAUUGCUUAUUUUUCUUAACUUUUUUCUUUAAAAAUUAAUUGUAAUUAAUUUGCACUUGUUUGUUUAAUAAUGAAAUGUCCCCUCCCUUACCCAAACUUAAAAAAGAAAAAAUCAUAAGAAACCGGAAAAAGUGAUCAUCUAUUUGUGUUCAAAUAGUCUGCCAUUUUUUUAAAUAUAAUUUUUUCAGUUUCAAAUAUUUUAUUUUAUUUUUAAAUUAAGUUUUAAUUACAAUAUAAGCAAAACAAAAUAAUUAAUUUAUAAGAAUAUAAAAAAUUUAAAU